AUGGACGCCAAAAAAGAAAACCAAUGGGAGCAACAAACAUUACCUCUGUGGAUUUCACCAGCUUAUUCGAGACAUCGGUGGGAACAAUUGGCUGAUCUCUUGUUUGAGGUACAAAACAGAACAAAUAUUAAAUUUCGGUCAUUCAUCAAAGAACAAGAUGCUGAUUAUGUAUCUGUGAAGAUGACUACUUAUGGCUGUUACGGACUUCUGGGAUAUGGAAAGGGUGGAGAAAGAUGGAUUAAUCUGUACGAUGAAUGUAUGGAGUACAGCCACAUUGUCCUGCGAUCAAUAUACCAAAUUCUUGGAUUUCAAAUGAUUGCAAUGAAGAGACCGGAAGGAAAAAUAUUGUAUUCUGGUUCUGACAGCAAAAUUGAUUACCUUAAAUUUAUAAUAUGGAAGAAAAAAUUUAUUGUGGAUUCAAAUAAGCUCGCCAACGAAACUAACGAGGAUGAAUGCAUCGGAGCGGAAACUGCUACAAGCAUGAUGUGUCACCAACCGAAUAUGGAAUUUUUUUACUGGAAUAAAGUAUACGAGAAUCUUAUCCAUUCUUAUCCCUACGUGGAUGAUCCACUCUUUGGACGUGUGUACAGAAGAACCAGAAAUGCCAACAAAAAUCCGAUUUAUCGACUACAUGAUUUCGCCAAUUCUUCAAUGUAUAGAGCUGAACACUUUCAAAAAAUGCCACACGUCAUCAUUGGUCUAGCUGAUUUGUAUUGUGAGGAUAGUCUCGUUGACUGUGACUUCCUACACAGAUCUCGGGGUCAUUGCAAUUCAUUUCAGGAAUUUAGAUAUAUAUUGUGUGCUCGGACUUGUGGAAUGUGUGGUAUAAGUUUACGACUGUAUUAUAUCAGUACGCACCAUCCCUUUGUCUAUAUCCAGGAAAAAGUAGAGCAGCAUCUGCCAAUAUGUAGCGAUAACUUGCAAGCUGUUCUAAAUGGGACAUGCAGUCAAACCAAUUUGCAUAAUUGUUUGCUUCCCAGAUUCCGGGAAAAAUGCCGCAGAAGUUGUGGUUAUUGUCCAGAACAGAGUCGAGUUGACUGCGAGUUUGUAACGGCUGUAAAUGCAGAAUAUCUGUACGAUCAUCCGAAUUAUAAUUAUCGAUGCCAAUAUGUUCGAGCCAUCUCGAACAGGAAAUGCAAGGCGGAUGAAAAAGUUGCAAUAAAUCCGAUUACGGACUGCAUGCUGUCCUGUGGCCAUUACGCAUGUUCUCAUGGUGAUGUGGAAGAAGACAUGGGCCACAAACAAAUCCCUGUGAUGAGACUCUAUGUACCACAAAAUGAAUGGCAAUUCGCGACAUUGGGAUCUCUAACUAGUUUUGAGAAAGCCAAUUCGAUUGAACUUUUUGUUUGGUACAGUAGUGAAAUGUACGCGGAGCCAAACGACGUCAUCUUGUUGACCGUUGGAAUAAUACCGCUGACGGUCACCGUUCUCAUGCAGUGUGCAAGCGGAAAGCGUAGGAAGAAGAAUUUGUCAAACACUAAAUCAAAAGUAACGCAAAGUUCCGUAUCCUCAAGCCAGUCUAUGAAGAAAACCAGCAAGCUGCAGAAAAACAAAGUGGAAAGAGAUGCUGAGAAAUCACCGCGAUCCUUCUCCAACAGAAAAGGACCAAUACAAAAAAGACCACUUGCCAUAGGAGACCGAUCUGACGAUGAAAGCCUUCGGUCGAACAAAUCGGAAGCAUACUGUAAAGUGAGAAGCAGAAGCGAUCGAUCGCAGGCCAAGGGAAGGAAUGGUGAUGCUUCUAUCAAGGCGUCUGGGAAGCCAGUCAUUGUGACACCUGUGGCAACUGCCGGGACACCCAAAGAUGUACAAAUUGCUGGACUUACGAAUGAAAAAACGAUAUCUAAGAAGGAAAUUAAGGGAGCCAUCUUCAAAGAACAAGAGGCUCGAGAGUACGUUGGUAAAACUUGUAAUACAGAGGAACAAGAGCUGACAGUUGAACCGAAGAAUCUCCGAUGGAGUGAUGAAGGAGGUUAUCAGAGAGUGCAACUGCGAAACAUAACAAAAGAGCGCUUGGCCGUUAAGGCCAAAUGUUCGGAUAACCAGCUAUACCGGGUGAAUCCCGUGUUCGGCUUCAUUGAUCCGGGCGAACAAUUAAAGGUGGAUAUUAUGCGGCGGAAAGCUGUACCAAAGGUGGAUAAGAUGGUUUUCGUCAGUGUUCAUGCCAAUAAAGAUGACAUCUUUCCGAAGCCGUUAUUCAAACGUUCAAAGGAUAGUCAAAAGAUGGCCAUGUUGCCAUUGCUUGUCGCUCGAGUUAUCUGA